UUUUUUUUUUUCUUCUUCUUUUUAUUGUUGUACUUUUAUAUCUUUUAUUCCCCCCAAACAUGCCAGUACCUAUUGAUUACACCAAUAUUAGACGUAUGAGCACCAUUACGGUACCAAAACAAGAUAUCCACUUCGAUGUAUAUGACUUUCAACAAUGUAAACCACAAAACAAUAUUGAUAACACAUUGGAAUCUCGUCAAUUGGAAGCUGAUUAUUGUCGUGAUUUUUCUUGUUGUGGACUUGUACUUAAUGAUCUUCAUGACCUUUUGCAACAUUAUGAAGAAUGUCAUGUACAAUGUGAAGAAGAAGAAAUAGAUCAAGACGAUGACACUUGGUCCUGUACUCCACCUUUAUCGCCUACUUUGGAUAUUAGCUCCUCUACUCCUUCUUCAUCUGGUUCUCCUGUGGCUACAUUGGAUUCAAUGAAAAGAAAAGCUGCUUCCUAUCUUUCUGACGUUUGUAAUCAAUAUGGUACUAUGGAUGGAUAUGAUCUUACCCCUGUUACUCCUACUACUCCUGGAUUUAAUAGUGAUUAUUCUUUGCCACCUACACCUUCAACUGAAGAGCAUCAUCCUCUUUUGGGAAACAAUGAAGACAAUAACAAAGGUGAAGAAGAUGAUGAUCGUAUUUGUGGUAAGAAACGUACCUUUCAACAAACUUCAUCUACCAAUGCUAUGGAUUUAUUGACUUUAUCUGCUGCGAAGAAAUUGGCUUUGGCUGCUGGUGAUUCUUUUAAUUCUUUGACUGAUGAAGAAUUUUUGGCUCAUGCUGGUGUUUUACUUGCUUCUGCAAAUACUUCUUAUCUCUACGCUGACAAGCCUUAUAAGUGUGCAGUACAAGGGUGUGACAAGGCAUACAAGAAUCCCAAUGGAUUAAAAUAUCAUAAGGAACAUGGUCACUGUAGUUUGUUAGAAGACAAUGAAACUCCCAAACCCUAUCAAUGUACUAUUGGUGAUUGUGGUAAACGAUACAAGAAUUUGAAUGGAUUGAAAUAUCAUAUUGAACAUUCUCAUAUGGCUGCUUUGAAUCAUACCCUGGCUACGUUUGGCUGCUCUCUUCUUCAAACUCCUCCUGCGUCUGCUGCUACUUCCCCUUUAUUAGACUCUUCUGAUUCCUUUAUUUAAAGCACUCACAUACACAUUCAUCUUAUCAUACAUACAUCAUUCUAUUAUUAUUAUUAUUAUUGUUAUUAUUAUUUUUUUUCUUCUUCCUUUUAUCAUUCUCAUCCUCAUCAUUUAUUUAUGCCAAACCUCGACAACUUUUUUUUUCAUUACAAACUGUAUAUAUUAUAUAUCAUCUCCCCUUUUUUUUUCAUGCUAUGCCAUUUUACUUUAACUUCAUUCUUCAAAAAAAAAGUUCUUAGAUCCCCAUCAUUUUAUUCAUGCCUUAUCAUUGUUAGUUUAUAUAGUCUUAUCAAAAAGUUACAUUUUCUAAAAAUCAAUAAAAUAGACAAAAAAAAAAA